GUGAUGUCGCGCACGGGGCCGUCCUUGCCGCCGCGGCAUGUGGUUGUGCUGGUGCUGGGAGAUGUGGGUCGCAGUCCGCGCAUGCAAUACCACGCAGUGUCAUUGUCCAAGCUACCCAACACCAACGUGACCCUCCUGGGAUACGAAGGCGAGCGGUGUGUGCCGCAAGUGCUUGCGCAGCCCAACAUUCACGUCCGCACGUUUGCGCCGGUCAAAGUGUUUCGGUCGUUGUUCGUGCUGUCCGGACCGUUCAAAGUGCUCAUUCAGCUGUGCCAGCUCUUCUGGAUUCUCCUAUUCAGCGUCGGCUCCAUCGACGUCGUCAUGGUGCAGAACCCGCCCACGAUUCCCACCCUCUUCGUGGCAUGGCUCACAUGCAAGCUCAAGCGCGCAAAGUUCGUCAUUGACUGGCACAACUUCGGCUACACCGUGCUGGCGCUGAGCAUCGGCGAGACGCAUGCUUUUGUCAAGAUUGCCACAAGGUUUGAACGAAUGUUCGGGCAAGUGGCCGACGCCAACUUUUGCGUGACCAAGGCCAUGCAAACGUGGCUCCAUGAGCACUGGCGCAUCGAAGCAACGGUGCUGUAUGACAAGCCGCCCGAAUUCUUCAAACCUGCCACCGUCGCCGAAACGCACGACUUGUUUACUCGUCUAGGGGGGCAGCUGCCACAGCCUUGGACAUCGAUUGCCAACGCACCGGCCAAGAAAGACGUCGGAAAUGGGACCCUCUUGACCACCAAACGCAACUCGGUCGUCACAGAGCGCUUCGAUCGUCCUGCUGUGCUCAUCAGUUCGACGAGUUGGACGGAAGACGAAGAUUUUGGGCUCCUCUUCCAAGCACUCGUCCAGCUCGACGCGCGAAUUGCCGACGACACGUCGUAUCCCGAUGUGUUGGUCGUGGUGACGGGAAAAGGGCCGCAGAAAGACAUGUACUUGCGCAAGAUCGCCGAGAUGCACCUUGUGCGCGUGCGCAUUGCUACCUUAUGGCUCGAAGCAACGGACUAUCCGGUGAUGUUGGGGAGCGCCGAUCUCGGCAUUUGCCUCCACACGUCGACGUCGGGGCUGGACCUUCCCAUGAAAGUGCUCGACAUGUUUGGCUGCCAGGUCCCUGUGUGCGCGGUUAACUUCAACUGCCUCGACGAACUAGUCCGCCACGAGAUAAACGGCAUGGUGUUUCAAGACAGCGUCGAGUUGUGCGACCAACUGCACGUACUGCUCAAGGACUUUCCAAAGAAUGGAAUGCUACGAAAGCUCAAGAACGCGCUGAAAAGCGUCGAGCACUGGCCAGAGAACUGGAACCAGCACGCCCGGCCGGUGUUUGAGCGCUUGGUCGAGUAAACGCCCCUUCGUCCACACGUCUGCUCAUGGAGGCGCCACGGAGCCUUCUGACGAGUUAAAACGUCAACCCAUUCAUUUCGUCAUGCUGUCUGCGCCUCCUAUGGACUCCAGCACGGCUGCUUUUGUGUGGAUCUCAAGUCGACGAGCUACAUGCGCUCGUUCAGGAAGGAUGUAGCAUUCGCACGUUGUACCAAUCCGACUAGAAUAUCGCCUUGUUCGACCGCAGGGAAACGUCGCCUUUGCUCGUGGCAUGGCGCUGUGUCUUGUCUCGUUAGCGCGCAAGGGCAUGUGCCUGAAUCGUGCACGCCGGACCCCUUCGUUCAUCAAGUUGUCGAGUUGACAGGGGCGAAUUCAUCCAAGAUGGGGGCACAGGGUCAAGAAUACCA